AUGCCCGAAGAAAGCUUAUCUCAAGAACUCAGCCUACUAGAAGGAGUGGCCGUUAUAAUGGGAGUAAUUUUUGGAUGUGGCAUAUUCAUCACUCCGAAAGAAGUAUUAGUUAAUACAGGAUCGUUUUGGGGAUCAAUCAUCAUAUGGGCACUAUGCGGAAUGUUAGCUGCUCUAGGAGCUUUCUGUUAUGCGGAAUUAGGCACGACUCUCGCCCGCGGCGGAGGAGAUUAUGAUUACAUAUACGAAGCGUACGGGACACUUCCUGCGUUCUUGUACCUCUGGGAUGCUGUCUUUGUCAUUAUACCUAGUACAAAUGCAAUCAUGGCAUUAUCAUUUGCAAAUACAGUCCUGCAACCAUUAUACCUCACUUGCCCUAUAGACCCCUUAUGUAAAAAGCUUGUGGCUGCUAUAAGUAUUUGUUUUCUGACAUUUGUAAAUGCGUAUAAUGCGAAGCACACGACACGUUUUCAAAACAUUCUUAUUAUUAUGUUAUUUGUUGUGCUCGUCUGCAUUAUUCUUGCAGGAAUUGUGUGGAUUGCUUUAGGAAAGUCCAAAUUCUUAACGGAUGGUUGGGUUGGAACGAAAGCCUCGGUCAGUGAAUGGGCUGUAGCGUUUUUCGCCGGAGUUUUCUCUUAUGUUGGAUGGAGCUAUUUGAACUUCUUGAUUAAAGAACUGAAGAAUCCAUAUCGUAAUUUACCUCGAGCGAUUUUUAUAGCUUUUGUCGUGGUGACUAGUGUAUACGUAUUAGUCAAUGUUUCAUAUAUUGCUGUUCUUGGGCCGCAUGUCAUCUACACUUCAAAUUCAGUUGUUUUAGAUUUUACAGCAACAACCCUGAGGUUCAUGAACUGGAUAAUGCCUUUUAUAGUUGGUGUUUCUCUUUUGGGUGCUCUCUCUAUACAUAUCAUGAUGUCAUCGCGAAUAUGCUUCUCUGGUGCCCGCGUCGGUCACAUGCCUGAAUUAUUUGCGCAUAUUAACAUGAAGUGUUUUUCUCCAAUACCUGCUCUCUCAUUUCUGAUGUUAUUAUCACUUGUAAUGUUAUUGCCAAACAGUUUGGCUCAUCUUAUUACAUACAGUGUCGUUGUAGCGACGUUAUUCACAACCAUAACCUGCAGCAUUGUAAUUUAUCUAAGAUACAAGAGGCCAGAGUUGGAAAGACCUAUAAAGGUCAUUUUGUGUUGGCCGAUAAUCUUCGUGGUGGUCAAUGGUGGUAUGCUACUUGUUCCUAUAGUCAGCCAACCCGUAGCUAUUGUCUCUGGUAUCUUCGUCACUCUAUGCGGAUUGCCU